AGAAUUAUUAGUGUCUCCAAAGUCUGAGAAUCCCAAAAACAACACAUCCGGCGUACUGGCGCCAAACCAAAUCGAGAAAUCAACCAACUGGCGUUCAUAAUCGGUGUGCCACUUCACUGUAACAUUUGUGUGGUAGAGUUCAGCAACAAUCUGAAGGAAUUUCGUAUGAAAGUGACGAUUGCUAUGGUUACCUCGCCAGCGUGGACAACACCGCCACAAUACGCGACGAGCAGGAAGAGAAGAGCAACGGCACUUCUCAUUUUUCUGAAAUCGUAUAGUAAUGGCUAAUCGGGAACUCGAAAGUCUUUACGACUACACCUAUGAAGAUCAUGACGACGAUGAUGAUCCUUACCUGUACUCGCCGAGAAUCACGUAUGAAGAUGCUCCAGACGACCAGCGAACUGUGGACACUGAAGAAGUAUCCAUUCCACACCGCCUCGAAGAUACUGAAUACCCUGUGACGCAGUCGGUUCCAUUCUACGGGCGCACCACAAACAACGCCGCUUAUACGUGGAAAGUGCCGCACGCAAGGGAGAAGAGAGAAAUAACUGAAUCUGAAACAGGAGAUGCUCCGAAAAUCCCCUUUUAUUCUGAAACCACCCACCGUAGCCAAUAUCAACCAUUUGAUGCAUCCGUCGCCAGAACACGCCUUUCGAGAAAAGCAUCCGCUUUGCCAGUAUCAAAUGUGCCGCUUGACACGCAAACAACAUAUAGGAAUUUGUUUCAAGAGCUCGAGAUUGGAAAACGUCAAAAGCUGAUUCAAACAUGUCCAGCAGAGAAGCUGAUACAUCAAACUGCGCUGCUCCGGAGUAUCCGACGAGAAAAUGGACACUACUUUUUAUCCGCCGAGGCUCUUCGCUCUUCAAAAUAUGUAAGAACUACUGCAGCUGCACCAACGCAACCAUCAACUCUACCAGUAGAGAAAUCAAAAUAAAAUUGUAAUGUGAAUAUUGCAUACUGUUACAUAUUUGUGCAAUGAUAAUUUAUUGAUAAUUUAUGAAAUUUAAUUUGGA